CAAUAACCAGAAACCAGUUUAACCUGAACAGUGAAAAAGAUCAACAACAAUUUACUUACGUUGUUAACUUUUGAUUAUCCAACUCAAUUGUCCUCUUUUUUUCUGACAACCUAAAUUGUGAAAUUAGCUCUUGUUUUAAUUCACCUUUUUCGUCCCAUUCCAAUUAACCAACUGUUCCUGGUUAACAAUUAAUCAAUUUGUGUCUCUGUCAUAUAUAAAACAUCAACAAUGGUUAGUGAUUUGUUGAAAUUUGCUGGUAGAGUUGCCAUAGUCACUGGAGCCGGUGGAGGAUUGGGUAAAGAAUACGCUUUAUUAUUAGCUUCAAGAGGAGCUUCAGUUGUAGUUAAUGAUCUUGGAGGAUCUCGAAGUGGUCAGGGUAGUGAUAAAAGAGCUGCUGAUGUUGUCGUUGAUGAGAUACGUAAAAAUGGAGGAAAAGCUGUCGCUAAUUAUGAUUCCGUUGAAGAUGGUGAUUCAAUUGUUAAAACUGCCAUUGAUAAUUUCGGUCGCAUUGACAUUGUCAUCAACAAUGCUGGUAUCCUACGAGAUAAAUCAUUCCAAAAAAUGACCGAUGAAGAUUGGGACGCUAUUCAUAAGGUCCAUCUACGAGGAUCGUACAAAGUAUCGAGAGCCGCUUGGCCUUAUUUCAGGGAACAAAAUUAUGGAAGGAUAAUCAUGACUUCAUCUAAUGCUGGACUUUUUGGUAAUUUUGGACAAGCAAAUUACAGUUCAGCGAAACUUGGCUUGGUUGGAUUGGCUAAAACUCUUGCAAUCGAAGGUUCCAAGUAUAAGAUUAACUGUAAUACAAUAGUUCCCGUUGCUGGAUCUCGAUUAACGGAGGACAUUUUACCUCCCAAUCUGUAUGAACAAUUUAAGCCUAAAUUUGUUGCCCCAGUGGUCGCUUGGCUUUGCCAUGAAUCUUGUCCCGAUUCGGGUGAGGUUUACGAAGCCGCUGGUGGUUGGGUAGGUAAAUAUGCUUACAAACGAUCAGCCGGAAAAGCUUUCAUUCCUCCAGACCAAAUGAGCAUUGAAACCGUUCGUGAUCAAUGGUCAAAAAUCAGCGAUAUGACCAUUGCCUCUUAUCCAGCAAACAUUCAUGAACAAAUAUCUGAACUUGUCGCCAGUGUUAAUGGGGAAUCAACUCUAACUGCUGAAAGAAAUACUCAAGCCGAGGAAAACGGUGAAUUCAAUUACAACUCAGAGAAAUUGAUCUUAUAUGCUCUUGGUAUUGGUGUUAAUAUCGAUGAACCUUAUCACUUAAGGUACUUGAAUGAAAGCGAUGGCGAGUUCAGUGCUUUUCCAACCUUCGGUGUUAUCCCAGGUCUAGAUGGAUUCAUGCAAAGUGAUAUUUUUCACAAAAUUACAAAACAAUAUGGUAUUGUUAUUGAUCCAAGUCGUAUACUUCAUGGUGAACAAUAUUUAGAGAUUCGAAAUCCGGUUCCAACUGAAGCCAAAUUACGUUCAGAGGCUCGAGUAAUUGAUGUCCUUGAUAAAGGAUCAGGAGCCGUUGUAAUUGCUGAAGUUGAUUCGUUAGAUAGUGAAGGGAAAUCCAUUUUUUACAAUCAAUUUACACUUUUCCUUGUUGGUUCUGGUAAAUUUGGUGGAAAACGGUCAAGUGAUAAUCCACAAAUUAAACAAGUUAUCUCACCACCAAAUAGACCUGCGGAUGCAAUUGUCACUGAGAAAACAUCAAUCAAUCAAGCUGCUUUGUAUCGUCUCUCUGGCGAUAAAAAUCCUCUUCACAUUGAUCCCAAUUUCGCCGCUGUCGCUGGUUACGACAAGCCAAUUCUCCAUGGGCUUUGUACUCUUGGUUUUGCUACUCGACAUGUUUUACGAACCUUUGCCAAUGGAGAUCCUUCUGCUUUCAAGGCCAUUAAAGCUCGAUUCACAAAGACAAUCUUACCCGGAGAAUCUUUGAAAACCGAAAUGUGGAAGGAAGGAAAUAGAAUUCAUAUUCGAUGUUCAGUUGUAGAAACUGGAACAAUGAUUAUCGAAGGAGCGUAUAUUGACCUUAACCAUUCCUCGCAGGUUAAACUUGAUGAAUUAAUUUCUCAGAAAAAUAAUGAUGUUCCAUUAGAAGUCUUUGAUGAUGGUGAUGAGAUUUAUCUAGUUUCGGAUCCGAUUUUCGAAGAGAUCGGUCGACGGAUCGAAAUGGCUCCUGAGGUCGCAUUUAAAAUCAACGCAAUUUAUGAAUUUCUCAUUCACAAAGAUGGUAAACCAGUUAAACGAUGGGUUCUCGAUCUGAAAUCUCCUAAAAAAGGUCUAUUCACCGAUGGAUAUAAAGUUAAUGAACCAAAUUGCAUAAUUGAAAUCUCCGACUCUGAUAUGGCUGCUUUGGCAAUGGGUGAUUUAGAUCCAGUGGCUGGUUUCAUGGAGGGAACAAUUAAGAUUGUUGGUGAUCCAAGUGUCACCCAGAAGCUUAAUUAUAUCUUUAAAUUGGAUAGUUCAGUUUUACAUAUUGAAAAAACUGCCGCUGCAGAUGCACAAAAAUUUGCUUCAUUCAAUCAAACCACUAACAACAAUCAACCGAAAUCCCAACAACCGCUUUCGAUGGUUUGUCGUAUUGACAAUGUCUUUCAGAAUUGGGCCUGCAAACGCCUCGGUGAAUUGAAAGCACUAAUUCCAACAAUUAAGACAGUCUACCAGUGGAACAUAACAAAAGAAGGUAAAAUCGUCUCGGUCUGGACUUGUGAUUUUAAAAAUGGCGAUGGUGACAUUCAUCAAGGUCCACCUAAAAAUGGUAAAGCUGAUUGUACACUGACCAUUGAUGACGAUUUUGUGUGUAAAAUUUUCGAGGGAAAAGAAGACGCAAUGAGAGCUUUCAUGUCAGGUAAAUUGAAAAUUUCCGGUAAUAUUUUGGCCGCUCAAAAGCUACAGCAAUUAUGGUCUGAAGAGGGUCCAAAUGUCGCUGCUACUUUGUCCGAAGAUAAAUCUUCACAAUCAACUGAAUCAAGUAAAUCAUCAGAAAAAACUUCCUCUGAUGUUGAUCCUGAUGUUGAGGCGAUUCCGAUAACUGGAUACAAAUGUGACCUUGUUUUCAGUAUUUUCAGGCAUCGAUGUCACGAAGAACCAGAUUUCAUGAAGCGACUUCGAGUUGUAUUCCAAUUCAAUGUUGUUCGUCAAAAGAAACCAGCUUGUGUUUGGACUGCUGAUAAUAAGACAACAGAUAUUGUACAAGUUUACCGAGAGUUACCCAGAAAUGUUAAACCUGAUUGCAUUGUGACAAUGGAAGAUGAAGAUUUACUCAAAGUUCUGACAGGCAAAGCUAAUCCUCAGAGAAUGUUCAUGCAAGGAAAGAUCAGAAUCAAGGGGAACAUCAUGUUGCUCCAAAAACUGAACACACUUUGGUUAGAGUUUCAGAAACUUGGUAAAAAUCCCGAACUUCCGCUUGCGAUGGAAAUUUUACUCAACGAACCUCUUAAAGUUGGACUUCGAAGUGAGACAAUGUUCAUCGAUAUGCUCCAGAGAAUCGUUCGACUCCAUUUACUGGUCGAUGCUAAAGGUUAUCAUAAUUUCAACGUUACCAAGGAUAAUAAAGUUGUUUCUAAUUGGGUCGUUGACUUAACUGGCGAUAUUCCUAAAAUUGCUCGAGGUUCCGCUUCCGAUCCUGUCUCAACUUGGACUCUUGAUGAUUAUGAUGUUGCUCGUUUAGUUUUGAUGAAACUCAAACUUUCUGAUGCAAUCGCUCAAAAUAAAGUUACUAUUGAAGGAAACAAGGAGAAGGCUUUGAAAUUGGAAAAAAUUUUCACAACACCAACAUCGAUGAAACCAAAAAUCUAAUUACAAACAACAAUCAAUUUCCAAUCAUUCUCAUCAUUACCUAAUCAUCAUUUAUGAUUUCAUAUAACUUGUUGAUCAAAAUUUUCACUUUGUUAUUGAUUUCUAAUCAAAAUACAAUAAUUUACAAUCAAUUAUAUUUUGGAAAAUUUUAACUCCAAUCAAUUUCUAACUAAAAAUAAAAAU